AUGAAUCCCAACCCCGCCCGACCCGUUGCACCCACAACCCAGCCACCCGCCGCAAUGUUUUUUUCCGCAACCGCUACCGCCUCACAACAAGCUGUCAAAUCCGCGGAGCCUAUCCUCUUCCAUCGGGCGCUGGAAUUACUGGCCUCGGCUUGCUUGAACACCGCUCUUGGACCUCACGUCACGCAACACGGGACUUCAAGGAUGAUGGACCCCUUGAAUGGCAAAGAGGUUCACAUGCGACAAGUGACGCCGCUGGUCCUUUUCGAGAGACCCAUGCGGCGCUAUCUGCAACAGUAA